AGUGAGAUGAUAUCAGACUCCAUUGAUGAUGUCUUGGAUAAUGAUGAAGCUGAAGAAGAAACUGAGGACCUAACAAAUCAGGUUCUAAAUGAAAUUGGAGUUGAUAUUGCAUCACAGUUAUCAUCAGCUCCCAAGGGAAGAACUCAAAGUGCUGAAAGCUUGGAGGUGGAUGACCUUGAGAAGAGGUUGGCUGCACUCAGAAAUCCAUGAGUUAGACUCCAUUUAUCAGUCUUCAGAAAUCAUUCCCACAUCUACUCUACAUUCCAUGAGGUUUAUAUAGUAUGUAGAUGUGAAUGCACAUUGUACUUGAGAUACUUGUGUAAAUAGUUUCAGAAUGCAAAUUGAAUGGGAGUGAGCGUUGGAUGAAUCGAUGUUAAAAUAUGCUUGAACAUGAAGACUGUCCAUGAAGUGGGUGAGGAUGGGCAAAGUUGGUGUAAAGAUUGGUGUGAUCACAUUGCAAGUUUGAUAUCCUUUUGAUUGGCCAACAAGGAAUGCUAUGAACCGUGUAAUUUUCAUGCAAGAGAACUGGCUUCUCCGGUUUUAAUGUAGAUAGAGAUUACAUCCCAGAAUUCCUUUCAUGUUUUGCGCAUAAAGAAAUGGCAUCUUGUCUCCCUCUGUGCUGAACUGUUCUUUACAAGAUCAUAGUACAGACUGCUUGGUUAUCCAUCCUUCAGCUAUCCCUAAGUAGAGGUAUGUGUGGAGGACUCGAGCACCUUGGAUCAUUAAUCCCCUGAAUAGUUGUAACUGAAUCACCUUCUAUCCAAAUUUCAGCUGUCCUGUAAGUAAAAAACAUCCAUGCAUAAUCUCUCCUAUACAGCUUGCAGUUC